UAACGCACCCUCUCUAUGCCCUCAGGUGCAGCCCACAGAACCGUGCAGGCAGAUCAGCUGUGUCCCACCUGCCCUUACUUCCUGCCCACUCCCACGGACGUCACCACACCUGUUGGGAUUCCGGCUAACCUCACCUGCGGCGUGAGGCAACUCGGAGACAAAAAGGUGUCAUGGAUCAGGCGGAAGGAUCUACAUGUGCUCACUACAGGGAACUUCACGUAUACCACCGACACGAGGUUCCGCGCCCUGCACCUGCCAGGCUCACCUUUCUGGAGCCUGGAGGUGGACCGGCCCGCCAUCACAGACUCCGGGGUGUAUGAGUGCCAGGUGUCGACGCAGCCAAAGAUUUUCAGGCGCUUCAAACUCAGUGUUCUGGUCCCCAGCGCCACCAUCACAGGGACUCGGGAGAUUUUCAUGAAGGCAGGGAGUGACAUCAACAUUACUUGCGUGGUGAAGGGCGCCAUUAGAGGAGCGCCCAUCACCUGGUACCACGUGUUGCCCCGCCCAUCAUCACAGAAGGAGGAGAUAGUGGAGAUCAAUGCGGGAGGGCGAGGCGGCGUCCAGCUGGUGACCGACAAGAACUCCGGCACCAGCUGGCUCCUGGUCAACCACGCCACCUGGAGGGACGCUGGGAACUACACGUGUGCGACCGUCCACGCCACACCAGCCUCUGUGUCCGUCCACGUCCUUGACGAAGAGGCCCCAGCCGAGCUCCACCACGACCCCGAACCGAGUGGGGCCAAGAACCGCGCCCCAGGAACCCCCGCGCUACCGUUCCUGCUGUUGGGACUCCAUCGUCUGCUAGGAAGGGACGGGCCAAGAGCGUGGUGCAUUUGGGCUCUCCUGGCAGCCUCCCUAAUGCUCCCCACCACCCCCAGGGGCACGAGGGGACUUCAGGACGCCUCUUGCACCAGUAGAGAGUCCGAGGAAUCAUCCAGAGUCAAAGUGAGGGAUGAUAAGAGAGUCCUAAGGGUCACUCUGCAACGAAGUCUUGAGUUUCCUUCUGAACGAGUUAACGAGACCUCCUCCUCUUCUCGCUCUCCUUCCUUUUUCUCCCUUCAUUACAGCAUUCCGGCGUCUACCUCCAUGACCCCGCUCCGCGCUCCCUCCCACGCCCGCACGCCACGCCCACUGCUCUAGUCGAAGGCAGGGCGUGUGGAAUACAAGGCUCGGGGUGUUUCUUUUCUUUCCCCUUGUUUACGUACUCGUGUGGUGUGUCGGGCUGGCUGCGGAUCGUGAAAAGAAGUGUGUGCUGUGUUUGUUGUUCCUCCCUCAUGCAUGUGUAAAGAAAAAUGUGUUGUCCUUUGCUCUGAAUUACCCUUCAAACACACACACACACACACACACACAUACGCACACACACACAGUCACGUAUUCACACUCACACCUACACACACUCACUCCAAUGUUUGUAAAUAUAUUUUUAGGGACAUGUAUAGUAUAUAACUCUGUGUACUAUUUUUUUUUUAGUUUUUUUCGUUCAUGCAGUCAGAAAAUAUAUAUAUACACGAAAAAUCCCGUCAUAAGUAAAGGUAAAGGGAAAUAUCAUGGAAAAAAAUGGUACAGUAUUCAACUCUUUCUCUCGUAAACAAGUAUUUCGACGUUGAAGUCUCA